GGUAGCCAAAAAAAUGACCCGUAGCUCUUUCCGUUGUUUUCCGUCAACCGUGUCACAAGUGUAUGUAAUUUGUUUAAAAUCAUGAUGAUAGCGUGACUACUAUUACUUAUACUGCUGUACUGAUGAAGAAAUGUCGAAUUCAUUGGCAAGCAGGCGUUGGAAAAUAUUGCGACAGGCAAUAACAAAGCGUACUGGCAGCAGUGAUGAGACCUCAUCCAUAUCCGUGAGACGCUUUCAGUCAUUUGGACUGAUACACACAGGUUCAUUACCCAAGGAAGUUGUGUGCACAACCCAGACAGGUAGUUUCUGGCAAACUAACUACAGUAAAGAGUUUCCUGAUUUUACUGUUUAUAUAAGAUACUUAACAGCAUUGAAUCUUGACGACCUAGUCGGCUUCAACAAUACUGGAAAUGUUUGUGUGUGGCCUUCGGAGGAGGUUCUCACUUACUACUGUCUCAAGAAUCGUGAUUUGUUCAGUCGGAAGUCAAUCUGUGAGCUUGGAGGAGGCAUGACCUGUCUAGCUGCUGUAGCAUUAUCUGUGAUACCAGGAGGUGCCGACAGAGUUCUAAUGACUGAUGGAAAUGCGAAUUCGAUUAAUAAUUUAAAGGAGAUACUCAAACACAACAAAGACAGACUGAAAUCAUCAUCGAUUGAGGUGAGAUCGCUACAGUGGGAUAGAUAUGAAGAGUAUUUAGACAUUGAACAUCAGUUUGAUGUUAUUCUUUCUGCUGACUGUCUUUUUUUUGAUAAAGCCCAUGAGGAUCUGCUACACACUAUACAAAAACUCUUGACGAAUAAGGGAACAGCAUUUCUUCUUGCACCAAGUAGAAGUGGAACUCUUGACAGUUUUGUAAAGCGAGCCCAAUCAUCUUUCAAUGUAGAGAAGCAAGAACAAUAUGACGAUCAUGUGUGGCAGAGGCACUGCGAAGUUAGACAAUCUGAUCCAUGUUACAAUGAAAACCUACAUUAUCCUCUGUUGCUCAAGUUGUCAAAGCGAGAUUAAGGAUUUGAUGUAGUUGUAUAUUUGUGUUCAUAUAUAUACACUUAUCGUAACUAUAUAUAAUGCAAAUUGUAGAUUUUA